AGAGACGAUUUCAUUAAGAGACAAUCUAAAUAUAACCCCAACAUAAUAGUUUGUGUUAACGAGAGUGGGUGCGACCGAAGUCUUGAUAUGCUAAAGAAGGUAUACGGCCUAAAGGGCGUAAGACUAGUACAAGCCAAGCGCUUCUAUCAUAGGAAGAAAGUAUAUAAGGAAAAUACAGAUGUAAACGUAUUCAAAGGCUUUAUCAAAAGGCUCCUCUCAUUCUGUAGUAGGUUUCCACAGCCAAGAUCUGUUAUCUUGAUGGAGAAUGCUUCAUUCGAUCUUGACUCUAUGGUGUGCGAUUUAAGGUAA